AUGAAGCUUAUCACAAGCAGUCUGGAUGAAUGUAUUCGGCGUCAUCUGGUGGCAUUGGGGUCGGCAAUCUCGCAUCUACAUCGGGUUUUCAAGGAAACUGCUGGCGACGCAAAUUCUCUGUGCAAAUGUUCACCGCUGUCUGAUUCGGUUAGCCGCACGCCAUCUGCACCCUAUUCAGCUCCAUCGGAGCCUUCUUCACUUACCGGUGCCCCCAUGUCCACCACUGAACCACUCACUUCCAAACCGAUCUUACCUCUUGCGAGUGUUCCAGAUCUCAUUUGCUCUGCCAGUAUUCUCUCCUCUUCGUCAACUCAACGGCCCCUCGAGCCAACCGUUCUCGUGGAGUGCCAAACUUCCAGCUCAGCGGUCAGCAUUGAUUCAUUUGACGACCGGGCUGAUUCUCCGGCUGUUUCUCCGGCUCAUCUCCAUCGUUCCCCCCUCAUCGCUUCUCAUCUUCGAUCAGCUGGUGAUCUGCCAUCACUCCAUCAGCCUACGUCAUUUUUAUCUUCUUAUCAGACACCUUCAGCAUCAACGGAACAGUUUGAUGAAAUCCAUUCUGAUAACCAACCUGUUUUCGGCAAUCAUUCAGAUCCUUCCCCCACUUCCUUCGUCUUCUCUUCUGAGUUGCCGGAUGGCGUUCACUCAUGUUCUCUCCGAGCGCAGCAUUUUUCUGAGGAUGUUUCCGUUCAAACCGGCGUUUCUCCCAGCCCCACUCCCCUCAAUCGCCGGCCAGACUCAAACCGGUGCUCGAGAUGUCGAAGACGAACAGGCCCGGUUGGUGGUUUCAGUUGCCGAUGUGGACGCUGGUUCUGCAUCAAACAUCACCACCCCGAAGAUCACUGCUGUGAUUACGACUUCAAGACGAUGAAGCCUGCUCAUUCCACGAUAUCGGUUGCAAUUCCGCCAGUCAUCACAGAUUCCGUUCGCCGUUAAUAUGCAGUGCGUCUACUUCGUUUGGCGGACAUACACGGUCUGCUUUGCCGCCAUCUAUGUCGCUGUCGCUUGUUCUUCGUGUUGUCUUUGUCCGUGUUGAGAACUGGUUUCCUCUUCUCUUCCAAAGUACUGCUAUUUUUUGCGUCGUGAGCAAGCUGGUAGCGAUCAACCCCAUUCCUCACUGUUUCUGAUACAUGGAGGAAUCUGGAAAGUCUGACUCCAACGUCUCAACUGACCACACCCUUCAUCGACCAAACCAUUUAUCUGUGUUUGUUUCAUCACACACACUUUCUUCCUGCGUGUUAGCUCCGAAGCGCCUCCUAGCGUCCAUCAAAUUACUCCUUUAAUCAUGGAAUGCUUUGUCCACUUUUGUACAACGCAACUUUUGCUACUCUUGUUCUCAUUUGCCUUGCACAACCUGUGUAAGUUUUAUGUGCAUCCAUGUUGCCGUGCUGUUUUUGCUUUUCGCCGUUCCUCCAUUUUAGUCCGUUUCCUCUUUGUACACAUGUUUUGAGUGUACAACUUCGGUAUUCGCUAGUGGCUGAAUAGAUUUCAACCGGUCUCUGCUG